UCCUGUCUCACCCGCUCCGGUCUGCGUCAACAGCGGAUCCGCUGCUCACUCAGCCUGCGCUUCACUUUGUUUGUUUAUUUAUUUGUUAAUUUAUUAAUUUGUUUUUUUUUCCGUGGGUUCGGAUCGGCUGCUGUCCACGUUCACGCAGACACCGGUAAAGCUGUGUUUUGCUGAGUCAUUCUAAACUGACCUGGUUUUCACGCUGAUGAUUUUCUGACUGACUGUGGAACCUUCAGUGAUCCUGAAAACAGCUCCACCUGCUGCUGCACCAUGACUGUAUGAUGUCAGAGAGCCGCUGCGAUGGCGUGCAGCAGCCGUCAGACCAACGCCGAGACUCUGGAGGGCUUUCAUGAGGUGAACUUGGCCUCGCCCACCACACCUGACCUUCAGAAUCAAGCGGAGCAGCGCCCGCCUCCUCGUCACAGCGCCCCGCCCACAGCUCUGUACCGCACCCACUCUCUGGGAGCGCCCCCUCCUGGCCUCCGCACCUCACUGCGGGCGGACCAGCUGCCCACUCAGCCGGUUUACUCCACGCCCAGACACAGUCACAAUGGAAGCGUGCCAGGUCUGGAGUCCGAGUCCUCCGACGGCAACUUCCUGUCCGGGGAGGAAGUGGAGGAGUGCAGCGCUCUGAGCGACAGCCUGUCGAGGCUGAGGAGUCCGUCUGUGAUGGAGGUCAGAGAGAAGGGAUACGAGAGGCUGAAGGAGGAGCUCGCCAAGGCUCAGAGGGAUCUGCUGUUGAAGGAUGAGGAGUGUGAGAGAUUGUCUAAAGUCAGAGAUCAGCUCGGCCAGGAGCUGGAGGAACUCACCGCCAGUCUCUUCCAGGAAGCUCACAAAAUGGUGAGAGAAGCAAACGUCAAACAGGCGACGGCAGAAAAACAACUGAGAGAAGCUCUGGGCAAGAUCGAUGUCCUCCAGGCCGAGGUCCAGGCUCUGAAGACGCUCGUCCUGUCCUCGCCGACGUCUCCUGUGGGCGAACUUCCUCCUGCUGGCGUGAAGACGCCGUUCAGGAAAGGUCACAGCAGAAACAAGAGCACGUCCUCUGCCAUCCUGGGGACACAACCCGACCCGUCUGCCACACAACCCAUCGUCCGAGAGUGUAGAGAGGUGGACACUCAGCUGUUCACUGAGUUCAAGACGUGGAGGGAGGAGCCGACGCUGGAGCGCAGCUGCAGCUUUCUGGACAGAGUUUACCGCGAGGACAUUUACCCGUGUCUCACCUUCAACAGGAGUGAGCUGGGAUCGGCCAUCUUAGAAGCCGUGGAGCAGAACACGCUCAGUGUGGAGCCGGUGGGUUUUCAGCCACUUCCUGUGGUCAAAGCCUCGGCCGUGGAGUGCGGAGGACCAAAUGGACGCAGAGCCGAGCUCGUCACAAAAUGUGCGCUCAGCGGUCAGACCAAAACCUGUAAGCACAGAAUCAAGUUUGGAGACUCGUCCAAUUAUUACUAUGUUUCUCCUUACUGUCGCUACAGAAUCACAGCUGUGUGUAACUUCUUCACCUACAUUCGCUACAUUCACCAGGGACUGGUCAAGCAACAGGACGCGGAGCAGAUGUUCUGGGAGGUGACGCAGCUCCGCAGGGAAAUGUCCGUCGCCAAAUUGGGCUACUACAAAGAUCAGCUGUGACGACAGCAGCACCUGCCAAUCACAGCACUGCACCCGCCCACUCUCACCUGGUCGUGUCAGGAACGCCUCCCUCCCUCCCCUCCUGAGUGAGUGUGUGUGUGUGUGUGAGAGAGACAGAAGAAGAAUUUAUUUACAAUCAUCACAAACACGUUGGUUUGUCGUAAUCACUUUAUUGAAACCGGAAAACACUCCAGCAUGAAAAUAAACACAACGAUUGAAUUGGAUGUUUGUCGGCUUUAAAACCAAGUGAAGAGCUUCAGAAUCCAUUGUUAUUGUUCUUAUUAUAUGAAGUAAGGAAAACUUAAUUACAUGUGGGAAUUGAACAAGAAAUGUAAAUAUUUUAAGAAUAAACGUAAAAUCUAUUAUGUAAAGAAGCCUAAAUAUUUCCUCUGUCGUAGUUUGUUUUACGGCGGCUCUGUGUGUAAUGUGUCACUUACAGUGAAGUGAAUAAUAAGAAGAAGGUGAAAGUAAAUCUGUUGACUGAACUCUGUGACAUUUAGCCGUCGCUUUAUCGGAAGCAAAUUACAGCAAGUGCAUUUGAACGUUUGGGUCCCAACAAGAGGUAGAAGUCAGUAAGUAAGCAAGCUCAGCCAAACACACGCCCUCUCCUGGAAGAAAAAGAAAGUGGGUGUCGAGAUGGAGAAGGCCCAGGGCAGAACCCUGAGGGACCCCAGAAGUUGGAGGGCAAGAUAGUGCCACAGGUGUUGUGAAGGUCACUGCGGCCUCUUUACGAGUCAGGAAAGCAACCAGAUGAUAGAGAUGAGUUAACGAGAAGAAGGAGUGUUUGGUGACAUGAGGAGGUGGGAGAAGAAGGAUUGAAUUUCAGCUUGAAAGAAAGGAACUAAGUUUGACUGCAAUGAAGCUAAAGAAAAGAGAGGAAAGCAGCUCGUCCUCCAUGUUGUGGCUCUGUCAGCACGGGGUCCGUAGAGGAAGGUCAAAGGAGCAAGUGGUGUGUCGUCCGUGGAGAGGCCAGGCCAGCCAGCGCUCCUCUGCGCGACUCCUGCAUGACUCCUCUGUCUUUGUCCUGUCUUCGUCCGCCGCUUCGGCUGCCGCCUCACCGCCUGCCCUGCUUCUUAUGCUCGCUCGCUGCUCGCUGCCACCUGUGUGGGCCACGCCCCCGUGGCCAAUCAGGCCUAACCCCGACCUGGUGAUGACCAACCCAAACAAGGGCAAACAGCAACGACACUUCCUGUCAGUUACCCACAAAGACGCUUCCGUCUCUUCAGCUUCAUUUUUAAUUUAAACAACAUGUACACUUCAAUGCUAAGAUAAUCACAUUCCACAGACAACAACGUCACAAUCUUCAACAGACAAAAUAUACACAUUCUCCAUUAUUUCUGCUGUUUUGCGGUUCUUUUUACAAACUGAGGGGAUUUGUCCUUUCAACACUCGUGUGUGUGUGUGUGUGUGUGUGCAUGUGUGUGCACCACUCUCUCACUCACUCUCUCUCUCCAAGUCCAUGUCGCUCUCUCACUUUGGUUUAGUGCCUUUUCUCUCUCAGACACUCUGAAAUAAAAACGGUGAUACCUCA